UAACCCGGCCCAUGCCCACAGCGGGGCCGCCGCUGCCCCGUGUCCGGCCGCCGGCUCCUUGCCCUCCGCCGAUAUGAAUUACUCUAGGUUCAUCACCACUGUGAGUGCAGCAAGAAAAGCAUCUCCAAUAAGACUGCUGACUGAAUUGAUGCAGAAGUCUCCUCCAUCUCUUAUCUCUCUGGCUGGAGGGGCACCAAAUCCUAAUGUCUUUCCAUUUAAGAGGGCAACAGUUGACAUUGGACAUGGAAUGCCUAUUGAGAUUGGGGAAGAUCUGAUGAAGAGAGCUCUCCAGUACUCAGCCUCAGCAGGCAUUCCAGAGCUGUUGUCUUGGCUGAAAGAUUUCCAGCGGAACUUACAUGAUCCCCCCACAGCCAAUUACAGCCCUGAGCAAGGACAGAUGGAAGUGUGUGUCACAACUGGCAGCCAGGAAGGCUUGUGUAAAGUGUUUGAAAUGCUUAUUAAUCCUGGAGACAACAUCCUUUUGGAUGCACCCACGUACUCGGGGACACUAGCAGCUCUGAGACCCUUGGGUUGUAAUAUAAUUAAUAUUCCUAGUGACCAACACGGCAUUAUUCCAAAAGCUUUAAAAGAAAUUCUGUCUGCUUGGAGCCCAGAGGAUGUAAAAAAUUGUAGCAAUCACCUCCCCAAAUUCCUGUACACUAUUCCAAAUGGAUGCAACCCAACUGGCAACUCGCUGACCACAGAGCGCAAAAAGGAGAUUUACCAGCUUGCAAGAAAAUAUGAUUUUCUCAUAAUAGAAGAUGAUCCUUACUACUUUCUUCAAUUUGAAAAGCCAUGGGCUCCAACUUUCCUCUCAAUGGAUGUGGAUGGCCGAGUUAUCAGGACCGACUCUUUCUCUAAAAUUCUCUCAUCUGGUUUAAGAAUUGGUUUUCUGACGGGUCCCAAGCCUCUCAUUGACAGAGUUGUUCUACACAUUCAGGUGUCAACAAUGCACACCAGCACUUUCACACAGAUUAUGAUAUCACAGCUCCUUCAGCAAUGGGGACAAAAGGGUUUCUUGGAGCAUAUAGACAGAGUGGUGGACUUCUACAGGAUCCAGCGGGAUGCAAUGCUCACUGCUGCUGACAAGUGGUUAAAAGACUUGGCAGAAUGGUACCCUCCUGCUGCUGGCAUGUUCUUAUGGAUCAAAAUUAAGGGUAUUUCUGAUACACAGCAGCUGAUAAUGGAAAAGGCUUUGAAGAAAGAAGUAUUACUGGUUCCUGGAGGAGCAUUCAAUAUUGAUAGUUCAGAGCCUAGUUCUUAUGUCAGAGCCUCCUUCUCUCUACCUUCUCCUGCCCAGAUGGAUCUGGCCUUCAAGAGAUUGGCUGACCUUAUAAAAGAAUCUUUGUGAAAAAGCUAAAUAGAGCUCUUGCAGUAAUAAAAAUCAUCUCCAGAAAAUAGCUAUUAACAUUUGGAUUUCAUCAGAAUGUUCUACAAGCAAGCACAAUACAGUGGAUGUUUCCUUACAUCUUUUCAGCUAAAAAAAAAGACUGAAAAUGAAAGUGAAAAGCAAUUUGCCUAAUUUUUUUUUGACUGGACAUUGCAUUACAAAAUGUAUUCAAUUCAGAAACAUUUAAAAUACCCAAAACCAAAA